GUGUACAACGAUGUAAGCUGUUGUUUAUGGAAGGAGCAUCUGAAACGUUUUCACAUAUUCAAGUUUUUUUUUAUUUUUAAUUUUUUUUAUACAUUAUUAUUUACCUCACCGCAGUUAUGCAGUAAAUACACUGUUAACACGAUGUUUAAAUAUUUGGUAGCCCUUCUUUCGUUCGGCUUGGCUAUAUGGACUCUCCCUGAGUGGUUUUCCGUAGGCUCUUGUCUGCUAAAGCCAUGGCUGCUCCAGCCCACCGCAGGUCUGCUGCACCAAGAUGUCCUGGCGCUGUAUAACGGGAACCGGAGUAGUAAAGGACUUUACCUUGCCAUUUUAGGACAGGUGUUUGAUGUCGAGAAGGGGCGUAAGCAUUACGGUCCGGAUGGGGGUUAUCGUUUCUUCUCAGGAAGAGAUGCAUCAAGGGCUUUUGUGACGGGUGACUUUUCUGAGGCAGGGUUGUCCGAUGACGUCUCAGAUCUGUCUCCGUCUCAAAUAGUGGCACUCUAUGACUGGCUGACUUUCUAUGAGAAGGAGUACACACCAGUGGGCAGGCUGAUCGGCCGGUUCUACACCGAGAGGGGGGAGCCGACGGAGGCCCUGCAGCAGGCGGAGGCCCACCUGACUGAGGGGUUGAAGCUGAAAGCCCAGGCUGAGGAGGAGAACAGGGUUUACCCAGCCUGCAACUCAGAAUGGAGCUCUGCCGCGGGGGGGCGCGUCUGGUGCUCCGAGAAAAGCGGUGGUGUUCACAGAGACUGGACUGGAGUUCCUAGGAUGCUCUUCUCACCUGGCUCAGGGCGCACACGCUGUGUGUGCGUGCGACUAGAUGAUCGGACGCGUUCGAACAACCCGCACCUCCGGCAGUACAAGGACUGCCCACCCCACGCGGAUUCCUGCCUCCUUAGCCAAGAUUAAGCCUGGAUCUUGUUCAGAAGUGCUACUAACUUAAGCUUAUAGUAGUGAUCAGAUUAAGUCUGACAAUUUUAAAUGAUGUUGGGAAAAAUUCAUUAUUUUAGUUUUACCAUGUACAAAGUAUGCAUAAAGUCUAUUACAUAUCAUCUAUUUAUAAUAUAUAAUAAUGAAAUUA